AUGGCCGGAGGAGGCGGCGGCGCAGGCGCGGGCUCGGGGUCCGGCGGCGGCGGCGUCGGAGGUGGAGGGGGAGGGGGCGGCGGCAGGGAGGGCGACUGGGACUGCGGCAGCUGCGGCAACCGCAACUACGCCUUCCGCUUGCUCUGCAACCGCUGCAAGCAGCCGCGCCUCCUCGUCGACCCCAACACCCCGCGCGACUCCAAGUGGCUACCCCGCGCCGGGGACUGGAUCUGCACCGGUUGCAGUAACAAUAAUUAUGCAUCCAGAAAGAACUGCAAAAAGUGUGGCCUGCCCAAGGAGGAAGCAGCAAUGCCAGCAUUGCAAAUGGCAGGGAUGGCUAUGCCAGCUUAUGCAACUUAUAUUGCAAGACUACAACAAAGCCUUGCUGCUUCUGCUUCUGCCUAUAAGAUGAACUUUGGGAUGGCUGCCAACUCACCUUUGCAGCAGCAACUACUUGCAAAUGCAAACUGGCCCUAUGGGAUGGCUGCUAGAUAUGGGAUGCAAUCUUCUGGUUGGCCAUUUGGCAACAGCAACCCAAAUCAGUUUCCAGGUGUUCCAAAGGAUUGGCGUAAUGGAGACUGGCUCUGCAGCUGUGGAUUUCAUAACUAUUCAUCUCGUACUCAGUGCAAAGAGUGUGGUGCACCUGUACCAUCAGGCAUUCCCUCCACAACAAUGAAAGCUACAUCUGAUGCCUCUUCCACAUUAGGAACUAAGCGGUUGGCCUCAGAAGAGCUGGCCAAUGACUGGGAUAAUAAAAGGCUAAAUCCAGGAAAUGACAAUUAUCCACUUUCAACAGCAGGUCCAAAUAAUUUGUUUUUGGGUAUUGAGCAAGGAGCUGGAAGCAGCAAUGGCCAGGGUGCUUUUUCCAAGUUUGACAAUGGGAGCUCAAUGGCAUUACCAUCUGGGCAAGGAAUGUCUGGUCUUAUGGGAAAAGGGGCAAAAUGGCGCGAUGGGGACUGGUUGUGCAACAACUGCAACAAUCACAACUAUGCAUCUCGUGCGUUUUGCAACAGGUGCAAAACUCAGAAAGAAUCUGCAGUUCACCCUGGUGUGCUAUAG